CUGAGUUUCGCAGGGAGGCGGAUCGCUGCGUCCGAUGAGUCUCCACCGAGCUCACUGCAACCUUCCUCCCCGAGCAACACGAGUCCCGCGGAGGCGGCGGAGAGUCGGCGUUCCUCUCCCGGACAGCUGAGCUGGGGGUGGGCCGGGGGAGCCCGUCGGCCACCGUCACCAUGGAGUGCGCGGCGGACGCGCAGAGCCUGAUCUCCAUGUCCCUGAUGAAGAUCCACAACUCGCGGACGCAGCGCGGCGGCAUCAAGCUGCACAAGAACCUGCUGGUGUCCUACGUGCUGCGCAACGCGCGGCAGGUCUACAUCAAGGAGAAGUACGCGGAGAUCUACCGCAUGCAGCAGUACGAGGAGGUGAUGACGGUCUGCAACGAGAUCCAGGAGCUCGACCCGCUGCAGCUGGACGCGGAGGACGCGGGCGGAGAGGAGCAGGCGCCGCCGGUGCGCGCUGCCUGCUGCGGCGGCGGCGAGGAGGAGUCGGGUCCGUGCGAGCCGGCGUGCGUCCACCGAGGCGCGGCGCUGCACGUCCGGGCAACGAGCACCCUCCUCGGCUGCUCUCCCUUCGAGGACGGCGGCAAAGAGCCGGAGCCAUCCGACUACCGCAGCUGCUGCAUGGAGGCUCCGGCUCCCCCCGCGGCGCACUUCGACCACUUCUCCUCCGCGGCGGACAGCAGCAGCAGCGGCGGCGGACACUGCAACAAGACCACGGUGCUCGACCUGGACACGCAUGUGGUGACCACGGUGGAGAACGGCUACCUGCACCAGGACUGCUGCUGCGGCGCCGCGCAGGGCGCACAGUCCCCGGCCAAGAAGCGGAAGGUGGAGUUCGGCUGCUGCGCGUCCGACGCGGAGGAAGUGUCCGACUUCACGGCGGCGCGCAAGAGGGCGAAGCGGGAGGACAGUUCUCCUCCCUUCUGCAGCCUGGACUACACGGACACUUCCAACAUCUCCAACCUGAUCUCCAUCUUCGGCUCGGGGUUCUCCGGGCUGCUCAGCCGGCAGGCGGACCUGGAGCAGAUCUGUAGCAAGCAGGCCCUGGCCAGUCUGGGCGCGUGGACCCGGGCGAUCGUGGCCUUUUGAAUCCCAACACUUAAUUCCAGGGGGGGUCGGGGGCCGGUUGUCACAUGGUGUCCGUCUAAAGUAGUAAACAGACCCUAACGGGGCACCACCCUCUGCUCCACUGACACUGUGUUCCGGCUCCUGUUCCUGAAUGUUAACAAAGACACGUUCACACAUCUGCAGUGUUUAGGAGACAGAGGUUGUUCCACGGGGACACGUCAGGGAACUUUCAGCAGAUGUUCAGUGGAGAAGCAAACAAGGAACGAAUGAACGUGAAGGAGCUCAUCUGAAACCUUCCAGAAAUGUUCCUUGAACAGGAAAAAACCAGGAAGUUUCUCGGGGGAAGGUUUGAGGGAACAUCUCCCUCAGCGACGUUCUGGAGAACGUUGGUUUAGAGCAGAACGAACAGAGUCGGUGUCCACGUCCAACCAUCAGAUUAAAUCUGAGGUAUUUGUGAAAUAAACAAAUUGGAAUAUCAUCACUGAACUCUGCGAACGUUCCGUCAUCAAUAUGUUGACGUGGAAUUUUUUCUGUCGCGGCCUGUCGUCUUUCACAAAACUGUCAAAAGAAAAAUAUCAGUGUUUCAAACAUAUUCACGAGUUGAAACGGUGACAUGUGACAUGUGGUUGGCUGGGUGACAUCACUCCCACGCUCUCCUCUGAUUGGAGGACAUUGUAGGGCGUUCCGACUGCUCCCGCCACCUCCCCCUUCCCAUUGUGACGUAUAAAUCAACUUUAUUUUUGCAAGAAAAGUAAAAACAAAAAAUCUAUUUAAAAUUUUAGCGAUUUAAUGACAAUAGUUUUUGACAAGAGGAGAGAGUUUGUGCCAUAAUGUGUGUGUGUGUGUGUGUGUGUGUCCGAAGACGUGAAUCCGAUGGGACGGAUCGACUGUCGCUGCCUUAAAUCCGAUGCACACUUACUGCUACAGUAGCUCCUCUCUCACAACUGAAUGUCCCAUGUCCACGUUUUUUAAAAAACAACAAAAUAUAUAUAAAAAGAAGCUUCUCCAGUUUUUUUAAACGGACGUCGCACAUUCUGAGCAGUUUGUCGGUGACUCGGAGGUUCGAGGACUCUCAGAUCAUAUCACCAUGACGAUGAUGAUUAUUUUUUGUCCCGUCUUGUUAAUAUUUUUAUUUUUCUACAUCGUCUCUUAAUCGUGGUUGUUGCUCGAAAGCGUUCGCAGCGAUUCAUCGUAACUCCGCAACACGCCUCCGUUGUUUUGUGAGUUUAACUUUUGUUUCGUGGAAAAAUUCAAAAAAGAAGAUUGAUUUUAUUGAGUCCUUUUGUUUUAAAAAGGCAAAAUGAAACACGUGAUUCAGCCAUAAACUGAGAAUCCAUAUGCGUUAGCUUUAUGAGCACUGUGUGAACCAAAAUACAGAGAGAGAGUAUUCAGCCAUUCUCUACAUAUUCUGUUGAUAUUUCAUGUUUUUGUUUCUGUGUGUUUAAUAAAUUGUAGCUCUCCGGAUAAAACUGUUUUAAGAAAAUAUUUGUAAAAAAUUUAUAAUCUUAAUAAAAAACUGAAAACUUU